CAUUUGGAUAUUCUCGGCUACAUUCGUUAACAAAAACAAUGGUGUUUGGUGAAUUUUGAUGGUGUUUGAAAAUGUAUGUUGUUUUAACAAUUCGGAACGUGAUUAUUUUAUAAUAUAUAGUGCAAUUGAUGUAAAAGGGAUUAGUUUUAACAGAACACUAAUACGACAAGCGACAAGCAGACCAAUCGCAUGUUACUGAGACGAAAAUUGGGGACAACAUGGAUAUUACCUCUGAUGUGGACCAGAUUUGUGCUGACAACCCUGUUCAUGAGGAACACUGACAAGAUGCAACAAGCAGACCGAUCGCAUGUUACUGAGACGAAAAUUGGGGACAACAACAUGGAUAUUACCUCUGAUGUGGACCAGAUUUGUGCUGACAACCCUGUUCAUGAGGUUAUACAGACCGGCCUAACAACAUGGAAGCGCUUCCUGGCAUUGGUGUCUUGGUACAGUGCCUCAAAAAAGUUAGAGCUAGCCCUUGGACUCUGGAAGAGAAGCCUUUCUUUGUAGAAAACAUGAACAUUAGUCGUUCUCUGGUGUACCCAUCUCUGACAGCAGCCGGGUCAAGAUUAUAUUAUCAGUUUAAACUUAAUAAUAAAGAAUUGAGUGUUUUAUUCUAAAAAUGGAACCUUUUUGCAUAUAGUGACAGUUGUGAUUUUCGUUAGUCUAACCCAUAUUUUGAUAUGUCAAGAUCAGUUCAAGGUCUAACAUUGAGAAUAGGCAAAUAUAGGUUUCAUAAUAUUUUGUAUAUAUGCUUUAUGUAUCAGACUUUGUUUACAGUCAAUUAAUGGUUAACUCUUUAAGGAGUCAGUGUCAAUUCAAGAUGAAACAUUUAGGAGGCAAAUCUAGAUUUCAUCAGUUUUGUGAACUCAUUAAACAAAAUUAAUCUAAGAGUGAAGACUAUGAUUUUUGUCCACCUUUAUUAUGACAACAUUAUAUUGUGCAGCAUCUUAAUCAUAUAAAUUUAUAAGAAAACAUAUCUAUCUUAAAAAACCCAACACAUAGCGGCCAAAAAUAGACGGUCUUUGAAAUUGUAUGAUAUCUAUAUGAAUAUAAACAGCCUCUUAUGGAGCUGGGUGGUUACGUUCUUAUCGACACUUUGAAGCCUGCUCAUCUCUCUUGCGUUUGGUAGCUUAGAUUUUUUUUAAGAAUACUAUUGUUUGAUCGAUACCAGUUAUUGAAUUAUAGCGAUAUUUUUGCUAUAGGCUCCCAAUAAAUGGAAGUAAUUACAUGUACAUGUAUAUGUCGAUAAACUGUUGUUUGAAAAUAAAAGAGAGUUAAGAAGUUAC